UUUAAAGAGCCAAUAGGGAAACUGGAAGUAAAGCGGAUGAAAAUAAGCAACAACGGUGCGUUUCCAGGAUCGACGUCCAAGAUAAAUCAUCUUUCUUAGAAUAAAAUUGACACGUACUACCAAAUGGUCAUUUAAAGAAAAAAGAAUUAAGGCCUCAUCGGAACAAUGGAGGCGUCCGCCAAUGGGUCUAGUUUCGGCAUCGACUCACUGCUGUCACACCGGCCCGGGAGCCCGUUGUCUAAGGGGGACGGCCUGCUUCCUGGGGAGUGCCGCUCGCCCCUGGAGUUCAGCCCCAGGUCGGACGUGGAGAGCGGCUGCUCGUCUCCUCCGUCGCCCCGGAGAGAGUGUGUAGAGGAGGCUGCCCAGAGACAAGUGCACGGCGCGGGACUGCCGCCGCACCUCCAGCACGCACAGAUCUCCGCGGGCGCGCAGCAGCGAACCGUGACCUCCUCUUUCCUCAUCAGGGACAUCCUGGCGGACUGCAAACCGCUGGCCGCCUGCGCGCCCUACUCCAGCAACGGACAGCCGACGCAAGAGGCCGGCAGGCUGGCCUCCAAGAUAGCGGAUGACUUCAUCGAAAAGAUCCACAGCAACUCAUCGUCGGACAGCGAAUAUAAAGUAAAAGAGGAGGGGGACAGGGAGAUCUCCAGUAGCAGGGACAGUCCCCAGGUCCGGCUGAAGAAGCCCAGGAAGGCCCGCACGGCCUUCACCGACCAUCAGCUGGCGCAGCUGGAGCGCAGCUUCGAGCGCCAGAAGUACCUGAGUGUCCAGGACCGAAUGGAGCUGGCAGCGUCCCUCAACCUCACCGACACGCAGGUCAAGACCUGGUACCAGAACCGGAGGACAAAGUGGAAGCGGCAGACUGCGGUCGGUCUGGAGCUGCUGGCGGAAGCUGGGAACUACUCCGCCCUGCAGAGAAUGUUUCCGUCCCCGUAUUUCUACCCGCAAAGCCUGGUGUCCAACCUGGACCCUGGGGCGGCCUUGUACCUGUACAGGGGGCCCUCGGCGCCCCCGCCGGCCCUACAGAGACCUCUGGUUCCGCGGAUCCUGCUGCACGGCCUGCAGGGGGGUGGUGAGCCCCCUCCACCCCCACCGCCUCCUCUGCCCCCCAUGUCCGGAGUGCUUCCCCGGCCCGCUCAGCAGCGGUGAGCUGGGCCCCCUGCUGACUUUCCUCUUUUCUUUUCAACACUUUGGACCCGUUAGAAUAAGCAGGACAAAUAAAGAGAAAAAGAUCAAAGGACGAGAAACAGUUGGGCCUUUGUGGGAAAAAACAGGACGGAACUGAUCCGAAAAGACUAAAAAAAGAAAGAUUUUUCUGUCUGUUUUUUUUAUUAUUAUUUUUAUUUAUAAUUUAUUUAUUAUUCAGGAUGCAGUAAAGUUAAGUAUUUAUUUACACCCAGUUUCAGUAUUCGGAUUCCGGCACUUCGACUUCCAGCCAACUAUUAUUAUUAUUAUUAUUAUUAUUAUUAUUAUUAUUAUUAUUAUUAUUAUUAUUAUUAUUAUUAUUAUUAUUUGCAGGUAAUAUAUGGAUAAAUGAGCAAACUUUCGCUUAUAAAUAAAAAGUAGUCGUUACAUCCAAAGGAAUAUUUUUGUUUUUCAUUCAUAAGUCCUUUAUGUGUAAAUAAGAAAUAAGAAGACUUUUGUUUGUUCGAUCGUUUACUAGUGUCUCCACUUUAAACCAAACCGGUGUGAUAACACAUAUAUGGGGACAAAGGAUGGACUGGAUGUCGAGAUCCACAAACCUUGGUUGUUGCUGAAUUAAUUAAGUCAAAUUAUUUAUAGUUAAGACUGCGGUCUUACCCCCUACAGAUCUUAAAGCAUCGCCUUGGUGAGAGCUCGUUUUGUACCUUUAUCGAUAAUCGAUUAAUCAGACUUGAGGCUGGCGCUCAGGUAGGGCGCUGCCAGAUGAUUUGUUGACGUUGUGAAUCAUUUCUGUUAUUUCAUAUGAAGCUGUGAUAAUAACUCCGUACUGUUCAGACUCUCCUUUAUAUUGGUGAACAUGUAUGUUGCAGAUAUCAACCUUGUGGAGUGAUUUUGGUAUAAUUACAUUUUUCAAUUUCAUUUUUUUUUCUUCUUCUUUUUUUUUUUAAGUUAAUUUAGGCUCUGGAAAGAAGUUCCCUCCCAAAAAGUGGUGAAGUUUAUUUUUUAUCUUUGGAUGAAGUUCACAGCAAAGGCUGGAGUGAUUAAAAAAAUAAUAAAAUAAAACCAGAAAAAGAGUCGGGGGGGGGUAUUUGAUGUAAAAGAGAAUAACUUUUAUAAAUGUGGAAAUAAAAAAUGUCUUUCA